AUGGACGUCAUUAGAAGAGAAGCUGAAGGAUGCGACUCUUUGCAAGGUUUUCAAAUUACCCACUCCUUGGGUGGUGGUACCGGUUCUGGUAUGGGUACUUUGUUGAUUUCCAGAAUCAGAGAGGAGUUUCCAGACAGAAUGAUGGCCACUUUCUCUGUUGUUCCAUCGCCUAAGGUGUCUGAUACUGUUAUCGAGCCUUAUAAUGCUACUUUGUCCGUGCAUCAAUUGGUUGAAAACUCUGAUGAGACUUUCUGUAUCGAUAACGAAGCAUUGUACAACAUUUGCCAGAAUACUUUGAAAUUGCCUCAACCAAACUACGAUCAAUUGAAUAACUUGGUUUCUUCUGUUAUGUCAGGUGUUACUACCUCCUUGCGUUAUCCAGGCCAAUUGAACUCGGAUUUGAGAAAGUUGGCUGUCAACUUGGUUCCUUUCCCCAGAUUGCACUUUUUCAUGGUUGGUUACGCUCCAUUAACAUCCAUUGGCUCCAAGUCUUUCAGAUCUUUGAGCGUUCCAGAGUUGACACAACAAAUGUUUGACGCAAAGAACAUGAUGGCUGCAUCUGAUCCAAGAAACGGUCGUUACUUGACCGUUGCAGCCUUCUUCAGAGGUAAGGUUUCCGUCAAGGAGGUCGACGAUGAAAUGCUCAAGGUUCAAACUAGAAAUGCCGACUACUUUGUUGAGUGGAUUCCAAACAACGUGCAAACUGCCGUUUGUUCGGUGCCUCCAAAGGAUUUGGAUAUGUCUGCUACCUUCAUUGGUAACUCUACUUCCAUUCAAGAAUUGUUCAAGAGAGUUGGAGACCAGUUCAGUGCCAUGUUCAGAAGAAAAGCUUUCUUGCAUUGGUACACCUCUGAAGGUAUGGAUGAGAUGGAAUUUACAGAAGCCGAAUCUAACAUGAACGAUUUGGUCAGCGAGUACCAGCAAUAUCAAGAUGCUGGUGUUGAAGAAGAUGAAGAAUUGGAUUACGGCGCUGAGGAAGCCCCAUUGGCUGAUAACAUGGAUUAA